AUUCCACCCCUUACACGGUCACUACUUUUACGUGCUGCUCUUUUCCACCAACUGGGUUGAUCGCCUAUCUUUGCUUCAUACUUAGGAAUCAUUCUUCGAUUUCUAUCGCCCGCAGAACACGUCCAACACCGAGCUAGAAUCACCCGUGCCCCGCGGACACUGCACCAAGAUGAUCAACGCCGUCCUCGUCUUCAACAACAACGGACAACCCCGGUUAACCAAGUUCUACACACAGAUUGACACCCAAACCAAACAAUCCCUAAUCGCGCAAAUCUACAACCUCGUCUCCCAACGCCCCGCCAGCGCCUGCAACUUCCUCCCCCUCCCACCACUUCUCUCCCGCGGCGCAAGCUCCGGCGCAGAAAACGGCCCCUCCGACGCCCCCACCCAAAUCACCUACCGGAACUAUGCCACCUUGUCGUUCAUCAUGAUCUCCACGUCGACUGAGUCGCCGCUGGCGCUGAUCGAUCUGAUCCAGGUCUUCGUGGAGGCGUUGGAUCGCAUGUUCGAGAACGUGUGCGAGCUGGAUCUCAUCUUCGGGUAUGAGACUAUGCAUGCGGUGCUGAGUGAGAUGAUUGUUGGUGGUGUGGUGGUGGAGACGAAUAUUGAUAAGAUUGUGUCGGCGCCUGCCCAGAAGUCCGGAAAGAAGACUGCUCCCCUCCCUUACCCCCAGGGUAAGGCUGGCGCUAAGAAGGCUCCCAAGAACCCUCUCAUCGAGAAGCGCCCCCGCAACUUCGGCAUUGGCCAGGACAUCCAGCCCAAGCGCAACCUCGGCCGUUUCGUCAAGUGGCCCGAGUAUGUCCGUCUUCAGCGCCAGAAGAAGAUCUUGAACCUGCGUCUCAAGGUCCCUCCUUCCAUUGCUCAGUUCCAGAACACCCUGGACCGCAACACCGCUGCCCAGACCUUCAAGUUCCUCAACAAGUACCGUCCCGAGACCAAGGUCGAGAAGAAGGAGCGUCUUCACGCCGAGGCCACCGCCGUCGCUGAGGGCAAGAAGAAGGAGGAUGUCUCCAAGAAGCCCUACAACGUCAAGUACGGUCUUAACCACGUUGUCGGCCUCGUCGAGAACAAGAAGGCUUCCCUUGUCCUGAUUGCUCACGACGUUGACCCCAUUGAGCUGGUUGUCUUCCUGCCCGCUCUUUGCCGCAAGAUGGGUGUCCCUUACGCUAUUGUUAAGGGUAAGGCUCGUCUUGGAACUGUUGUUCACAAGAAGACCUCCGCUGUCCUCGCUCUCACCGAGGUCCGCUCCGAGGACAAGGCCGAGUUCGCCAAGCUCCUCUCCGCCGUCAAGGAGGGCUACUCCGACAAGUACGAGGAGUCCCGCCGUCACUGGGGUGGUGGUAUCAUGGGCGCCAAGGCUGUUGCCCGCCAGGAGAAGAAGCGCAAGGCCGUUGAGGGUGCUAUCCGUGUCUAAAAAGCUAGCUAGCCUAACCAGCGAGCUACUAACAACACCGACGGGAUAAAAAAAAAAUCUUAUACCAUCAACGAAACUUCUAAUGACCCUUCUUCUUCAUCCUAUCCUAUUUUCCUAUACUCUUCAUGUACACGUUGCAGAUACCCAUGAAUGCUAUUUCAGACAUCAUCAACAACCACAGCUUCGGUUUUGUUAUCUUUCUUGUGUGUGUGAACUUUGUAGGAAGUUGUCUUGGGAGUUUGAGCAUUCAUGUGACGUCUGCAAUAUGUACAUCUUAGUUGUAGAUCGAAGUAAGCGGUAAAAGUCUUAGAUCGAUAGCUUGUGUUCAUUCAGGUGGACUCAAGCAGAAAAAGCCAUGAAAAUUUUAUC